UUAUAACGCAACCGAAUCUGGAUUAAAACUUCUUCUCUACUAAGGCACUGGAUGAAGUUCAUUAUGACAUUUGGGAUAGAUGCAGUGACACACUCGCUUUAAUGUGGCUGAAUAACUAUGUGCCAGAUAUCUGCAGCAUGAUCCAGCCUGUGUUGACACCCUCAGGAGCUUGCCACACCUUCAACAGCCUCCCGGGAAAUCGACUCUUCCGGGAAUCCAUUUUCUCCUCUUUACAUAACUAUGGUCGUCAAGUGGAAUCCAUUGAUGAUGACAUAAUCUGGAGCCCUGACCGAGGCUACAGGGGCAAGAAAGUGUUCAAUAGUACACCAUGGAGGAUCCGGGGAGGAGGCUCUGGACAGGAUGCAACGUUCAUGCUCAAUCUUAAUGUUAUAGACUUUGACGAUACAUGCUUUUUUGGAAGUCAUGGCUUUGAGGUGAUCCUGCACAGUCCAGCAGAGCUGCCUACCCCAUCACACCCCUCAACAUAUGUGCACGCUGAUCGCUUGACCACCAUCAAAAUUGUCCCAGAAAUCAAAACAACUAAAGAGGAGUUAAGAAGAUGGGACCCGAAGCUGAGAGGCUGCUUCUUUGAUGAUGAAAGGCCGCUUAAGUAUUUUCAGUACUACACAGAGAAAAACUGUGACCUAGAAUGUGAAAGUAACGCAUCACUAUCACGCUGCGGCUGUGUGCCUUUCUAUUAUCCACGUAAAUUUUUCCUUACUAAACAUAUUUUUAGUUAACUUAAAUUUAUAUUUGGUGAUUGUUAUGUUAUUCAG